AUCACGAGGCGCCACACCCCCUCCGCCGGAGCUCAGGCGGAGAAGACGCGCUGAGGGGAAGCAGACGCCGGAGCGAGCGGAGGGCGGGGCUCGACAGCUGCCCAUUGCUCCCAUUGGCUCUACAGGUAUCAUUGACAACGGCGAGGCCCAGUCAGAGAUCGGGCGCUUGUCUGGGGAGCCAAUGGCGGCGCGAGGGGGGCCUGAGGCGCCAAGUGAGGGGCUGAGUUGAAAUGUGAAGCGAGGAGGAGGAGGAGGAAGAAGAAGAGGAAGGCGCCUGAGAAAGAGAAAUAACAGAGAAAGUGCAGUCAUGAAGAAGAAAGGGAAAAAAACAAAGCGUCUCACGGCAGCAGAACAGGAUCCAUCAGCGAAUGAACCAGAUUUGAAGAAACAGAAAGCCGAGGGAGAGGAGGAGGAGGAGGAGGAAGAGAAGGAAGGGGAAAUGAACCAGGAACUGACUCCCGAGGAGAAGAGAACGUUGGAAAGGAAGCUGAAGAAAGAGCGAAAGAAGGAGCAGAAGAAAUUGAUGCGAGAGGCUGGGGUCGUCUCCAAGAAAGAAGAAAUUAAAAAACCUUCAGGAUCUGAACUGGCGCUGGAGUAUUUGAUGAGCUGGUCUGAAAACCCCAAAGAAUGGAAGUUUCAGAAAACCAGGCAAACGUGGCUUCUUUUGCACAUGUACGAUAAAGACAAGGUGCCCAAGGAAUAUUUUUCCAUUUUGCUGCGAUACCUCGAGGGGCUUCAAGGGAGCGCGCGGACCAUAACUGUGCAGAAAGCGGAAGCCCUCGUGAAAGAGUACGACGCUUCCGGAACUGAGGACCCCAGCCUCCUUGAGAAACGCGAGCGCAUCCGGAACGUUCUCCAGUUGUUGUCAUGAAAACACGGCAUCUUAAAAGAGCCUUUCUAGAUCCAUUCCACCACCACCACCCCCCGCAUCACAAUAGCAGAGCUGUAUAGAAUCCGUAGCUUUUAUACAAAAAGGAACUCUUGGAAGCAAAAUUAGUCAGCGCUUCAAAAGUAGGGAAGCAAUUACAGCAAAUUUCAGCGGACAGCAUCCUGUGGACUCUAACAAGAAUCCGCUUGCUCUUCUUUUUGGAACUGUCCUUUUAACACUGCCCAUGUAACUAUGAUUAUGAAUGUCUGCAUCUGCUCAUAAGGAGGUCCUUUUUUCCCCCCACCCAGCCUCAAGGAUGCCUUUAAACCAAACCAAGACAAUCUGUCUUCUUGCACACGUCUCCUUCAGUCAUCUUGCCGCUGGUUUCAUCACUCAUUCUAUAUUGUCUGUCUGCCUUGAAAGCCUAGAGGCUGUGAGUUUGGGUCUGCCUGCCUUUGUGUCUGAAAAGUGCUAUUUUUUUAAACAGUUAGCUACGUCACACAAGGACAGACAAGCAGCAUGGUGGGCUCUUCCACAUGACGUGAUCAAUAAAAGGACGUUCUGGUGGAUCCGGA